AUGGAUUCCUCCACUCCGUGUGUCGUGGUCGGUGACGGUGCCGUCGGGAAAACGUGCUUGCUCAUCUCGUACACAACCAACAAGUUCCCCUCCGAAUAUGUUCCGACCGUCUUUGACAACUAUGCGGUGACUGUCAUGAUCGGGGAUGAGCCCUAUACCUUGGGAUUGUUCGAUACUGCCGGUCAGGAGGAUUACGAUCGCCUGCGUCCCUUGUCGUACCCGCAGACCGACGUCUUCCUCGUCUGCUUCUCCGUCACGUCUCCGGCCUCCUUUGAGAACGUGCGGGAAAAGUGGUUCCCCGAGGUGCACCACCACUGCCCCGGUGUGCCCUGUCUGAUUGUCGGCACCCAGACCGAUUUGCGCGACGAUCCCAGUGUUCGCGAGAAGCUUUCCCGUCAGAAGAUGCAGCCCAUUCGAAAGGAGGACGGUGAUCGGAUGGCGAAGGAACUGGGAGCGGUCAAAUACGUCGAGUGCUCGGCGCUGACGCAGUACAAGCUGAAGGAUGUCUUUGACGAGGUACGUGAAUAUCCCGACUGA